CCCCCGUCCUCCCGCCACCGCGCGGAUCCGUCCGGCCGGUCCGCAUCCCGCCACCGUCCCGCGCGGUCGUCGUCGCGGCACCCCUCGAGCCGGUCCAAGUCGGUGGCGCGUCCUCAGAAAUGGAACGCGCCGUACGAUGGCCCCCCGCCCGACUACUUUGACGACGGACCAAACGUCGCCGCCGGCAACAUGCUCAACAACAUCAUGGGCGAGGUGGGCCAGGCCAAGAUGGCGUACGACAUCUCGAGGCGGUCCGUGUCUCGGCACCGACGCAGCGUCAGCCGCCACUCCCACUUCUCGUCGGACCGCCGAACCAUCCCCACACGCCGGAUCGAGGCGCCGCGCAACCCGGACGAGUGGCUAUUUUCGUUGAUCAAAGGCAAGAUGAUGGUGCAAUGUCGCGCGAUGCCCACGGCGCUGGCGUUUACCCGGCAACCCACGCCCCGCGAAGUGCACAUCACGCAGCAGCCGUCGUUGAAGCACUUUAAUUCGUUUAUGCACUUGGAACACAAGCUCGAGUGUCCGCACUGGAUCUAUGAACUGUUCCCCCAGACCCCCGCGGACGCGCGCGCGUACGACGAGUUCCUCACGUAUCUCCUUCGAGGCCGGUCGGACGCGUGUGCGGGCAUGGCGCUGGACAUUCAAAACUACAAGGUGAUCAUCUUACCCCCUGGCCAAGAGGCGCGGUUCGUGGGCUACGAAAAGACUCAGAUGGUCGCUAUUAUCCGCAAGAACCUGCGGCAUCCGUCCAGUCGACCCAAGUCCAAGUAGAUGUUUGUUACUUACCUACUAACUACUCCCGAGUACAUAGUAAUGGCAACCAAGGUACUAGUAGUCGUUAGUUGUUUAGUGUCUACGUUGUCCACUGCAUAUUGAGCGACGCAUUCACGAGAUUCGCGUCGGCCAAUGGAGUCAAGUCGGAACUGACAAGCGUCGCGGGAGGGUACGACGUCCGCAACUCGAACCCCCGCGUGCGCGCUUCGGGGAUCUGCAACGGGCUUUAGUACUACUAGUACUAGUACUAC